CGUCUAUAAGUUGGGGACAUAAUAGUUUCUCCCGUUUUAUCGGCCACCAAAAUUCCCACAUUUUUAGUUCUCCCCGUCAAAGAAUUCCAGAAUGGCCGAUGCGUCGAGAUCAGCGGCGACCGCGAAGUACCGGAAACCCAAACUACCAUUAAAGGUUCGGCUCUCCGUCUCCCUCAUCUCCGCCAUAACGGACGCCAUCUGCCGCUCCGACGGAACAAUCAACCGCCGCCUCAUCUCCUUCCUCAACCUCCGCGCCCCUCCCAACCCUACCACUGUUCGCGGCGUCCGUACAAUCGAUCUCACGGUCGACCCCUCACGCAAACUUUGGUUCCGCCUCUUUCUCCCCGUCGACGGUCGUCCUCAACGUCUACCCCUUAUCGUCUUCUUCCACGGCGGCGGAUUCGCCUAUCUCUCCCCCGACACCCGCGCCUAUGACCUAGCUUGCCGCCGCAUCGCCCGUAAGAUCCCAGCCGUCGUCGCCUCUGUUAACUAUCGGCUUGCACCUGAACACCGCUACCCCGCCCCCUACGAAGACGGCAUCGAUGUCCUCAGAUUCGUCGAUUCUGGUGGAAUCGACGCAGUUGCCGGCUAUCUGGUUGACACUUCCUCCUGCUUUCUCGCCGGCGACAGCGCGGGCGCUAACAUCGCCCACCACGUCGCCUGCCGUUGGGCCGCAGCAGGCGGUGGUUGGAGCAAGGUGAGACUUUUGGAUUCCCCAAAAUCUUUUUUGUUGAGAGUCCUCUGUCAUGAGCUGAUAUCAAAUCCCAUGAGAAGUUCAGAUCAUUGAGCUUAAAUUA